UUCAUGUCGAUCUGUGUCUGAAUACAGAAGAGGCGGUGUGAGGUAUUUGGACAAUGGAUAAUCGGCCACGGUUUUCCUAAAAGUCUUAUCGGUUAUUCUGUCCGCAAAGAUAGACUGAAAGGCCAUUCUUGAGAGGAUGUUGAAGCAAUGGUCUCCUUCUUCUUCUUCUUCUUCUCAGCUCCUCUAUCUGAACUCCUCCAAGUCGAAUCCCAGAAGGAAUACCCCAAGAUUCAAUCCGGCGAGAUACCCCAGAAAGCCAGGCGGCCGUCUUACUUGCAUUCUGAAAGUUGGGUUCGAAGAUGUCGUUGAAAUCAUCAACAACAAGGUAAUUAUAGCUGCUGGGGUAUCGGCGGCGGUAGGGCAGCUCUCAAAGCCGUUCACUUCUGUGUUUUUCUAUGGGAAAGAUCUGGACUUUAGAACUGCUUUUCAGGCCGGAGGCUUCCCUUCAACGCAUUCCUCUUCCGUUGUGGCUGCGGCUACUGCGCUUGCUCUUGAGAGGGGUUUUGCUGAUUCCAUUUUUGGCAUUACCGUCGUUUAUGCUGGCCUUACCAUGUAUGAUGCACAGGGGGUGAGGAGAGAAGUGGGAAACCAUGCGAGAGUGCUGAACAAACUGCCAUUCGAUGCAAAGGUUGACUCACAGAUGAGGACGACGAUGGUUAAGAGCAGGAGAAAGUCUAUGGCUGCCCAGGUUCAGACAUUGGAUGAGAUGGACAAAGACGAUCCGUCCUCUCCCCUACUGAAAGAGUCAAUUGGGCACACAGAAGUUGAGGUUGUAGCUGGUGCCUUGCUAGGUUUCUUUGUCAGCUUGGCUGUCUCUGCUAUCUUGUAGCGAAUUUCCCUCAUCCAUCUUUGCCCAAAUGUAAAAACUGCUCAUGAUUGACUUAGUCCGGUUGUAAAGCUACGAUCUUUUUUUUGGCAUACGUGUUUUCUUGACGCAGAAAGCAUUACCAGUGAGCAAAGGUUGGAUCUU